CUCCGCACCACCACCAUCCCUCGUCUCCUCCUGCCCGCAUCGCCCGCACUGCGCCGCGCCGCUGCGCCGCUGCUGCUGCGAUGUUCUCCAGCCUCAUCUCGCCGUGCGAGGUCAAGCUGCACUUGCUGGCCAACGUGCCCAUCCUGCGCCCGCCGCCGGCCACGGCACACGCCGAGGAUGCGCCGCCGACGAGCGUCGACGAAGUCGUGCGUGGCCUCGUCGAGCUGAGCGUGCCGCACGCACGCCACAUUGCCGGCAUCCGCGUGCGCCUGCGCGGCGUGCAGACCAUCGGCCUGCUGCCCGACGCGCGUGACGCCGGCAACCCGCUCAUCGGCUUCCAGCCCAUUGCGUGGGAGGACACGGUGUUCAUGGAGAAGGUCGUCGACAUUGGCUUCAGCGCGCCGGCGGCGGCGUCGGGCUCGGGCAGCGGCAGCGGUGCACGAGAGGAGCGCGGCCGAGCCCGCUCGCGCCGCACCAGCCCCGUCGCCUCGCGCCGCAGCAGCCCGGCGCCGGGCGGGCAGAGCACGCCGCCGGGCACGGCCAACGGCGACGCCCACCACGGGCCCAGCGGCAUUGCAGCCUUCAGCGCCGCCUUUGCGCGCGCCGUGUCGCGCAGCCGGCCCGGCAGCCGGCCGCCGUCGGCGCCCAGCUCGCGCUCGCAGUCGCGCACCAGCUCGCCGACGCGCGGCUCCUCGGCGCACCCGGCGCCGCCGGCGCGCGAGAACUCGGCCGCCUCGGCCUUCUCCGUGUCGCCGCUGCCCAGUCCGGGCGAGUCGCCCGUUCAGCCCGACGCGCGCCUGGCGUCGCACCGCACCGCCUCGCGCCCGCCGCCGCUGCCGUCGCCGGCGUACGAGGAGGAGGAGGGCGCGGCGCCGGCGGCGGCGGGCGCCUCGACGCUCAGCGCACGCACGGCACGACUCAGUCUCGACCGGCACACGAGCAAUGCGUCGAGCGGCGAGACGCACGCACGCGGCCGCGCCAUGCUCGGCUCGAGCGUGCGCACCGCGUCGCCCGGCCGCGUCGCCUCGCAGCCGCCGGUGCCGCUCGAGGAGCGUGGGCCACGCGGCUCGGGCGGGCGCGGCGGUGUCGCAGCUGCGGCACCACGCAGCGUCAGCGUCGGCUGGCCCUUCUCGCGCGGCGCACGCAGUGCCAGUCGAGGUGCGGCCGCGCGCAAUGGCCGCAGCGGCACGCCGGGCCCGUCGGCAGGCGGGCGGAGAGCGCCGAGCGUCGACAUUGCCGCGCUGCCGGAGGACGAGGACGAGCAGGGCGAGGGCAUUGAGCUGGCCAAGGGCGUGCAUGGCUUUGAGUUCGCAUUCAUCCUGCCAGCCGACUCGCCGUCGUACGAGCGCAGCCCGUACGGGCGCGUGCGCUACGUCAUCAAGGCCACAGCGUACGGCGCCGGGCGAGCGCGCAGCAACGUUGAGGCGUGGCGCGAUGUGUUCCCCGUCGUCAACCCCUCGCCAGACGGCGGGCCCACGCCGCUCACGGUGCUGUACAACGACAUUCACCCCACGCUCGGCCUCGUCUCGAUCGCAUGCACCUCCAACAACAUCUCCAUCGGCGGCGUCUUCAACAUCGACAUCCACUCGCCCACGCCGCCUGCCGAUCUCGUCGUGUGUCUGGUGCGCGUGAGCCUCGAGACGCAGAUUGAGCUGCGCUCGCGCCGCAAGGGCAAGCAGCAGGUGCCGGUGCAAAAGAUCAAGAUGUGGGAAAAGGGAUGGGUCCCCCCCAGGCCAAAGGACCCGCACGGCCCCGGUGAUGGCAAGAAGAGCGAGGGUGCGGUGCGCGAUCCCAGCCGGCCCGGUGCCAGCGCCGAAGAUGCCUGGAGUGUGCAGGGCAUCGCGCGCAUGCCGCACGACAACCAGACGCGUGCCUCGACAGUUGCCGGAAGCAAGUCGGCCAUGCGCUUCUCGCACCAGCUGCUCAUCGAGAUCGUGCACUCGCGCGCGCCCGAGGCGGGCGAGACGGAGCGCAAGCUCAAGGUGUUUGCGCUCAGGCAGCCCGUGCUGAUCCCCAGCUGCUGUGUCGCCUUUGAUGCGGUCACGCUGCCAGUGUACACACCCGAGGACACUGGCCGCUCCGCCUCGAUGCCAUACGACGUCUCCUCUUCCACGCCCGGCGUGCCUUCGCUUCCAGGCUGGAUCAAUACCGGCACCGCCGUGCACGGCGCCACGCAGGAGGGCUGCGUGUGCGGCGAGAGCAUGCAGGACCUGCAGGAGCGCGAGCAGGCCAUGAUUCCGUAUGCGCGGCACGAUGCGCCGCUCGACGGCCUGCGCAACCACGGCAAGAUUGGCGAGUACGAGCCGGUGGGCAACGGGCUGGCACGCACGACGAGCCGCAGCAGCACGCGCUCGGCACGCUCGGUCAGCACGACGCGCCGCUCCGUCUCGCGCAGCCUCAGCCGCGCAGCGACGGGCGCCGGCUUUGCGCGCAGCCCCAGUGUGGUGCGCGAGCCGACGAGCGAGGGCGUCAUUCGCACCAUGUCGCGCGGCUCGCGCGCCCAGGAGGUGCCCGGCGGCGAGGACCUCUCUGGCGCGCCACCCGCGUACGGCGUUGCCGUGCUCGAGGAGGAAGAGGCACGCGGGCGUGCCGCCGGCCGCGCCGCAUGAGGCAAGGCAGUCCCUCAUGCAAGCAUUAGACUGCUCCAACUGCGCUUAGACAGACCAUACAUCACAUCAUGCAAUCCUAGUCAUCGGCUCAUGGCUUCAUUCUAGUGUGGGUGACCGCGCCGCGCAACGUCUAGACGGCCUGCUCGCCGCUGUACUCCUGCAACCGCUCGCAGGCGCCGGCCCACUCGAGGCUGCCGUCGCAGAGCUCCUUCAUCACCGC